AAACAUGUCUAGUUUGUUAGCAAUGUUUUAAUGCAUUGCUUGUCACUAAAACAAAACUUUAAUACAUGUUUAACGAGUGGUUAAAAAUUAUCAUUUAAUUAAAACAAUGGCAACAAAUAAUCAAUCGGUGGAAAGGGGUCACAAAUGGUCGGCCCUAUUGACCAAACAGGAGAACUCAAUCAUAAGUUCAUUAUUAGGGGAUGACUGCAGAACAUUGUCGACAACAUUAGUACAGAUAUUGGUGUCGAUGCGGCCCAACGACAAGCACUGGCACAUACAGGGCAUAGGUAUUGCAUGUCUGGUCACUGAUGGGAACCACAACUACAUCCGUGUCUAUGAUUUCGUUGAGAAACAACAACUCUUUGAACACAAACUGACAGAAGGAAUGGUAUACAACCGACUACUGGAUCUGUUCCACACAUUCGAGACGCCCGACCGCUUGAUUGGCCUUAAUUUUGCUGAUAAGUUAGAGGCCAUACAUUUCGGCGAUACUGUGCGCACACGACUGUCCUCUGAAGUGAAACUCAAGAGCAGUCAGUCCACGGAAUCGAUUAAUAGUAUUGGCAGUAGUUUGAAACGGUUGGCCGAUAAGGUGUACGGUUUUGUGGACAGGCGUGCGACAUUAGAGAGUAUUAAACAAAAGCUGACGAAAGCAGACAUUGAAAACCCUCGAGACUUUCGACACGUUUUGAACGUCGGCUGGAAUGAGAGGACGGGCUUUGACUCGACCCCAGAGUUUGACCACAAUUUGUGCCAAUACUUCGAGAGCAUCGGUAUUUCGAGGCAACAAAUGGAGCCCAAAGAGAACCGCGAGUUUAUGCGCGAAUACAUCGACAAACGGAUCAGUGGUAUAGAAGAUGAUAAUAGCAGUGAUAUUAGUGGAGAUACCGUUCCUCCAGAUGAGGAUAAGUCUGAAACCGAUGAACCAGAGGUUGUGUUUAUGAGUACAAAACCUACACCAAAACCAAGGACUAAGGGAACGGGAGGGCCCAGUCUGUCAUCAGUGCCCGAACGGACAUACAUAUCGGUGUCCACUCAAACAGAUCCGUAUAAGACGAUUGAGUCUAUUAUAGCCAACAAACACUUCUUGAGUGUAUCCAACCUCCCGCCCCCAUCACCAGUGAUGGCUAACUCUAUGUUUUAUUGA